AUGGGCUUUUGCUUGUUAGGGACUGAUAAGAUUAAGGGAUCACCUCCUCUAGCAACAAUCUUUAGGAUUCAUUUGAAGGUUUUGACAACCUUAAAUCGUUACACCAGAAGGCGUAGUGAAACAGGACAUACAAUCCUGAUAGAUACUAACUUGUUUAACUCCCAGGUUGUAGUCCCUAGGAUGAUAACAUGGAAUGAUAUUACCUUUCCAGCAAACUGGCAAAUACCAAAUGCUGUUCCAGCAAGACCUAUUGUAUGUAAAACUCUAGAUCAGGAGAGGGGUGAAGAAGAAGAUGUGGGGAUUAGGGGGAAUGUAUUGUUGCGGGAGAAAAGAAGGUGGGAAAGUGGAAGGACUAGUGGUGGUGUUCGUGUGGAUGUCGAGUCAGGAGCGGCAUUUGAACAACUACGUCCAGCCUACUCCUCGCUCGGCUGGAAUUCCCUCUCUUGGACUUCGUCACGAUCUAAUUUGUUGAGCCGUGGAUCGAUAGGGCAGGCUAACAUUUCUUCUAAGGCUAGUCCGAUUGCGAAGCCUAAUGAUUCACCCUAUUACAUUGGAUUGGAUAGGGUUUCGGAAGAUUUUUAUGAUUCGUUGAAGAAUCCCAAUGGUAUCAUUCAGCUCGGAUUAGUAGAAAAUAGGUGGUUUUCGCAAAAUUUCAAUGAUUCUAUACUUAGAGGAGGAGGAGAAGGAGGAGAAAGUGGGGGUUUGAGUAUUAGUGGAAUUGUGACAUACCAACCGUUCCACGAAAUGUCGGAACUAAAAGAGGCAAAUGAUUACCAAGUUCAUGGAUCAGGGAGGGCACAAAGGGGUGCUACAGCUCAUGCCAUGCAGGGGUGGCACGUCCAGUGUCUUAUUGGUUAUGGUGAAGUUGGUGAGCCUAUUAUUAAGGACAAGAACUUCAAUAAUAUGCCGAAGCGUGAAAAAGUCUCAAAAGCAUCGACUUUGGUUUGGGUAUUCUCUAGAGGCUUGCUCCAAAACCAGAAGCAAGAACAUUGCUUCAGUGGUUCAAGGCUCGUUUCAACUAAGAGCAGAACUUCCUGAUCUGUCAAAUGAUUCAAUGUGGAUACUAACUUUGAGCCACUCUCUGCUGCAAGGUGUCGUAUCUUUAGAAGAUGAAACAAUAAGAAUGCUGGAGCAUAA